AUCACGCACAGAAAAUGUUUUGUCUCCUGUUAUUCACAGAUAGUAUUUUAUGUAAGCUGAAUAAGAUUCAUACGGCUCUGUGAAAGCUACCUGUCGGUUAUAAAAUAGCAUGAUUCUCAAAUACAUGUGAAUUCAAAUCCUCCGAUGUUACAAAAUAGUGCAUAUCUCGCACAGGUACUCGAUUCUUUUACAAUGAGGUGAAAAGAAUGUACUUAUACGCACAGCGUGGAAAAUUGGGAACUGUGUAUCCGGCGCCAGGCCGAAACCAGACCUCGCUCGUCCCGCGUUGGAGUUGCAGGUGGGGUCUGUAUGUUUGUUUAUGGCCACACGCGUAUCCUGACAUAUGAGUGCAGUCAAACACCGCAGAGAAGCGCUGAGUUUCUUCCUGCAAAGUGUCGUGUCGAGGUAUCUCGGCGUUUUUUUACAUUGCAUCAGGUGUUAUCUGUCCGAUCUGCGGCGGGCAGCGAGAGGGAAGCGCUUCGGGCUGAAGAUGAAAAUAAAGACUGGCACUAACAGAAUGGCAAACAACAUCUUUCCUGUCUGUUUAGUUUCUUCCAAUUCAGCUAUGGACGUAUAUGAAACCAAGCGGAAAAUGGAAAAUGACAGUGGGGACACUUUUUGACCGCCUUGCAAAAGCAAAGCGCUUGCUCAGGUAGGACGGUCACUAUUUCUCACAUGACUUUGAACUUGGCUGCCAAAAUAAACGGACUUUCAAAUUUAUGCUCAGGGAGAGCUGACCUCGGGAAAGGAGCUUCGCAGGCUGACGCCAAACGACUCUGUGGCACCUUCACUUCAGCGCUGCCUCCGGUGCGCAGCGGCGCCCCGUUUACGGACUAAUGAUGGCGAGAGUUAGAAAUUAGUCACACUAAUAAGUUUCUUAUAUUCCCCCCGCCCCUUAGGGAAAUAUAUCAUUGAGGGGGAGGGGUCGAUUACAGCAAGAUCGGAGAAAGGUGUGUUUUUGUCACUCCUAUUGGGGUGCCCACAGGUGUGGGUGGCAUGCAGCUCUUAGUGCUUGUCGCGUUUUUCAUCGGUUUUGCCUCGAUUCGGGUGCCGGUCAGCGAGGGCUGCGGACCGGGCAAGAGAAUCGGCAAGAGGCCGCAGCCGAGGAGGCUGACAGCGCUGGCUUACAAACAGUUUCUCCCCAGCAUUCCCGAGAAAACAACGGGAGCGAGCGGCAGGUACGAAGGGAAAAUAACUAGGGCUUCUGAGCGCUUUAAAGAGCUGAUCGCCAACUACAAUCCUGUGAUCAUCUUCAAAGAUGAAGAGAACACGGGUGCCGACCGACUGAUGACACAGAACGCUCCAUGGCCACUGGGGCAGGAGGCUGUUUUCCUGCUCCGGCUCCGGUCUUUGUGGAGGUACAGAGGCGGCUCAGAACCGCAAAGGGUGGUCCUGUCCGCCUUCCUGGGCCGUGAUCUGGUGACCCGCAGUCACUUCUACGUGAUGGGAGGGGCCAACCUGUCACUCGCUGCCACUCGCCUGCUGUUUUUGGCAGAAGGGACUGCUCUGGUAAUGGGGGGAAAUGCAGGGGGUGUUUGCCAGCAAUGCUAAGACAGGACAGUGCAUCCUCACAUUGGGGGGGCUGUCUGCCAUACGUCACCUGGGUCACGCUGCAGAAGGACACCAAAGUCAUCUGUCCCUUGACCUAUCAAGGCACACUGGUCGCCAGCCGGAUCCUGACCUCCUCCUCCUCCUCCUGCGCCUCCACGGACCAGCACACCGGACCUUUGCUCCUCUCCAGCUGCGGCAGAUCUACCUUGGCCUAGCAUCUCGCCUAGCACCAGGUCUGCACUGCUACUCAAAACCCUUAUACUGGUUAGGAGCUCUGCCUCUGGACUAUAAACCUUUUCACGCCUUGGAAUUAGCAGACCGUGGGGGGAGUGAAGUAGGAAAUAAAAAUGAAGGAAUGACGUAGAACUGGGGUAAAGAAGUAGGACAGUGAGAGAAACAUGAGAUUGGAAGAGGCUGAUUGGGAAGAGAACAGGAAAAUGUGCGUGUGAGGCCAGCUAAGAGAGAGUUAGACCCAAAUGGAACGCGCAUGUCCACACAGAGCCCCUGUCGGGGGUGUCUCCUCCAGUGAUGAGCUGACGACCUCGUGUGGGCGUUGCCAAGGGUCCCUGCAUGCUCACGUGCUCACGUCGGCACAGACAAGCCAGCACACUGGCGAAACGGGGGGGUGGGGGUAAAGGGGAAAUCCUACAUGUAAAUAUGUUAUGUAUGGGUUAAUGUAGUAAAUGUAUCACUACCUUGAAGCAAUAUGUAAACAUAUGUUUUUUUUGCAUAAAUAUUUCAAGAAAUAUAUCAAAUUAAAUCGAUUUAAAUGUGAUCUGGCCAUCAGUGUUGACUUAAGUAUGAAUUACAAAUGUGUAUCUUAUUUAUUACAAACUUAUGAAUCCAUUAUACGUGUUUCGAUAAUGAAAAUGUAUUAUUCUUUGUUGGAAUAUUAUAUGUAUCUGAAAUGUAUCAUUACUAUGACUGCAGUACCCUGAGUGUCUAUACAGAUUUUAAAUAAGGAAGUUCAGAUUUUCAUCUACUAUCAGUUUUUUGUAUUUAUUUUCCUGCAGUAUGCCAAAGUGCACCGCCAUGUAUUUCAAAUGCCCAUAACAAAAAGAUAUUUUGUGGUUGAUUUGACUAACAGCCCUGCAAACUUCACUCAACACCUCAAUUCUUGCCCCCCAUGUAUUAAAAUGUCCUGUCAAUUGACCUUCUGAA